GCUGGCUGUUUCCUUUUCGCUAGUUUCUUUUCACUCCAUAGACAGGCACAACCAGGCAUGCAGCCCCACUUUUAGUUUCUCAUAUAUAUAAAUAUAAAAGGACCAGGACAGACGACUUUGGUUGGAAAUUUCUACUCUAUCUCUCAUUUCUUUUUCUAGUAUUUACACUCUCGAUAAAACCCAGAUCACAAUCGUUCUCUUCUUGCUCUUUCCAUUUGAACCCCUCCACAUUCAACUCGAUACACCGUUCUUUCCCAUUUCUUGAUUAUUAUUUAUGUCUCUGUCUCACCCUUUUCAAUUCUUGUUAGUGUUGUGACUGUUUCUUGCUGGUAUUUUAAAUCUUGGGGGUGAUGGUGGAUUUGGAAAAUCUUGAAUUUGUUUUCCUUGGUGGUGAAUUGUGAAGAAAUAUGAGGAGGCGACCGGCAGAGUACCGGCGUCCAGUUAGAAGGAGGUUAUCGCGGUGGAUCUGGGCGCUUAUUGGGAUGUUCUUGAUUGCAGGAUUGGUUUUGUUUGUGUUUCUCCACAAUCAUCCUGAAGAUCAGGGUGAACAUGCAAUAAAACGUGGGGGUUUUAAUUUCACCAAGGAAAUAUUAAAUGCCAGCUCAUUUUCGCGGCAGUUGGCAGAGCAAAUGACACUUGCCAAGGCUUAUGUCAUAAUAGCUAAGGAGCACAACAACCUUCAUCUUGCUUGGGAACUGAGUAAAAAGAUAAGAAGUUGCCAACUAUUGCUUUCAAAAGCUGCCAUGAGAGGGGAGCCCAUAACAGUAGAAGAAGCAGAGCCAAUAAUCAGUAGCCUAUCAUAUCUAAUUUUCAAGGCACAAGAUGCUCAUUAUGAUAUUGCAACCACCAUGAUGACAAUGAAAUCUCAUAUCCAAGCCCUAGAACAGCGAACAAAUGCAGCAACAGUUCAGAGUACACUCUUUGGUCAGUUAGUGGCUGAAGUUUUGCCCAAGAGUCUUCACUGCCUGAAAGUAAAGCUCAUAAAUGACUGGCUUAAGCAGCUGCCCCUCCAAAAUCAUGCAGAGGAGAAGAGAAACUCCCCUCGAGUCGUGGACAACAAUCUCUAUCAUUUCUGCAUAUUUUCAGACAAUAUUCUGGCCACCUCUGUGGUGGUCAACUCCACAGUCUGCAAUGCUGACCAUCCAAAACAACUUGUUUUCCACGUAGUAACAAAUGGAAUCAGCUAUGGAUCCAUGCAGGCUUGGUUUCUAACUAAUGACUUCAAAGGGGCCACUGUAGAAGUGCAGAAUAUAGAAGAGUUCUCCUGGUUGAAUGCUUCUUAUGCUCCUGUUAUCAAACAGAUCCUUCAUCAAGAUUCAAGGGCCUACUACUUUGGGGCAGAUCAAGAUAUGAAGGUUGAGUCAAAACUGCGGAACCCUAAGUACCUGUCUUUGCUCAAUCAUCUCCGCUUUUACAUCCCUGAGAUCUAUCCGCAUCUGGAAAAGAUUGUCUUCCUUGAUGAUGAUGUUGUUGUCCAGAAGGAUCUGACAAGACUGUUUUCAUUGGAUUUGCAUGGGAAUGUUAAUGGAGCUGUGGAAACCUGUCUUGAAACAUUCCAUCGAUAUUAUAAGUAUAUCAAUUUUUCAAACCCAAUCAUCAGCUCUAAAUUUGACCCGCAGGCAUGUGGUUGGGCGUUUGGAAUGAAUAUUUUUGAUUUGAUUGCAUGGAGGAAGGAAAAUGUGACUGCACAAUAUCAUUACUGGCAGGAACAGAAUGCUGAUCAGACACUGUGGAAGCUGGGAACACUCCCCCCAGCCCUUCUAGCAUUUUAUGGACUGACUGAGCCACUUGAUCGGAGAUGGCAUGUGUUAGGAUUGGGAUAUGAUAUGAACAUUGAUGACCGCCUGAUUGACAGUGCUGCGGUUAUUCACUUUAAUGGGAACAUGAAACCAUGGCUUAAAUUGGCCAUUAGCAGGUACAAGCCUCUUUGGGAAAGGUAUGUAAAUCAGAGUCACCCGUAUUACCAAGAUUGUGUCACUAGUUGAAAUGUGCUACUUCUUGAAUCUUGAUAUUUAUGCGAUCUUCAACGUUUUUAAACAGUUGACCCAGGAUCGCAUUGUUGUAGAGCCAGAAAUAGAAAAUUUUGGCUUUGUUAGGAUCUUUACUUUUUAAUUUUUUUUCGUUUUUUAUUAUAGUUUCUUAAAGGAAAAGGAACGAGUUUUAUACUAUAGAGGAUUUAAAUUUACCAGGGAAGAACUGUUGGGGAUUCAAUUUUGGCUGAUGGGGUUUCCUUUCCCCUUCUGCUAGCUGUAGAAUCAUUUGUUUCUUAGCAAUUCUUGUAAUAAAUUUUCAGCGUUUAUGAAUUAUAUUGUAACUGGACAGACGUUUGUUA